GACACUCACAUGGUUACGACGACCACCCUAUAUGGCUAUAUAUAUUUCGCCCCAUUGCGCGCAGUUCCUUGGAAAGUCUGACGGUUACAGACACUUUCGCUACCACAGCUAACGCGGUGGAGCUCCGGACCUCUACGUUACCCUUCACCAGUCGAGAAAAGCCCAAUCCCUCGCCAUCAUUUUUAACAAACAAGAAGAAUCAGCAGCAGUGGGGUGCUCGGCGACGAAGGAAAGAAACUCUGCUUCCAGUUGCGACUCAUCGGAAUUCUCUAAGCUACCCAUUCCUCAUUUCUUCGUUUCCCAGCUUGGGAAGCUUCUGAUUUCGAGUAAAGCGAACGAAUUUUGCGACUCCCCGGUUUCAGAGAGAGAGAUAGGGAAUGGGGACUCCAGUGCCAGUGAAGAAAGUAUUGCUGACCUCCAAUGGCGACGAGGUUUCCCAGAGUAUCGCCUUCCAAUUAGCAAAACAUGGUUGCAGGUUGGUUUUGAUGGGGGAUGAGAGCUGUCUAAGGCGUGUGAGUGAGAAGAUAAUGAGCUCCAUCAAUGGGGCUGCCACAGUAGAAGUGGUGGGGGUGGACAUGGAAGAUGAAAGAGAGGAAGCUUUUAAAGAAGCUGUGGGGAAGGCUUGUGGGAUUCUGGGGAAUCUGGAUGCUUUUGUCCAUUGCUAUUUCUAUGAAGGAAAGAUGCAGAACCUUCUGCAGUUCCCCGAGAGCGAGUUCAAGAAGACAGUCAAGAUAAAUUUCAUGUCUCCGUGGUUUCUGCUAAAGGCUGUUGGAAGUAGAAUGCGAGACCAUAACACAGGAGGUUCUGUCGUCUUCCUGACCUCACUAAAUGGUGCAGAAAGAGGGAUUUAUCCAGGAGCUGCAGCAUACGGUUCAUGUUCUGCUGGAAUCCAGCAAUUAGUUAGGAAUUCAGCCAUGGAAAUUGGGAAGCACAAGAUCCGAGUCAACGCGAUUGCACGAGGCCUGCAUCUGCAGGACGAGUUCCCGAUAUCAGUAGGAAAAGACAGAGCAGAGAAGCUUGUUGGCGAAGUAGUACCUCUCCAGAGAUGGCUAGAUCCCCAAAAUGAUCUACCAUCAACUGUCAUGUAUCUAAUCAGCGACGGUGCUCGUUACAUGACCGGAACAACCAUAUUCGUUGAUGGAGGCCAGUCCCUGUCGAGGCCCCGUCUGAGAUCCUUCAUGUAGUUCAAAAUUGCUUGAAGAAGGAUCUUAUAGUAGUAAUUUCGAUAGCAAUUCUUUCAUAGGAUAAAAGAGGAAAAGGGAAGAAAGGGAUAAAUAAUAAUGUUGUCUUCAAUCUGUUAUUUUUAAGUAAAAGGGUCAGCAUUAUGAUCAUUUCAUCGAUGAGAAGCAGAAUCUGCAUAUCUGCAGCUGAAUCAAUGGCUUGCACGGCUGAAAGGUCACUACUUUGAAACGAUGGACUAGCACUAGCUGCAUCAUAUUCAUAGCAAGCAGCAAUCAAGCACACGUGGUUAUGACAAAGUUCCAUUCUAGAAAGAAAUAAAGGUAUCAUUCAUUAGAUCAACCAUGAAAAAGAAAUACUUAAUCUCUGUUCAACGAUGGCAGGCU